AUGUCAGCUCCGUACCGGCCUCCUGUGGUUCAGGCGAUUCCGCCGUUCAAAGGUGGGCCUUUGCAGGCAUCCGACGUGCAGAACCGGAGGCCCACGGUCUCUGAGGCGCAUGCGGCCUAUGCCAAACGCACAAACACGGCAGCCGCCACGUCGACGGGCAGGAGCAGCGGGGCCGAGACGGCGAGGAGCGGAGCACCGUCUCAGAGGCAUGGCGCGGCCUACCCCACGACCACCGCAGACCGUCGGCAGACUGAGAGGAGGGAGCCGGCCGAAAAGCCGCGCCCCGCCUCGAGGCUCGAGCGCGAGAAGAAGCGGAACCACAACGACCCCAAGAACAUCGGGCCAUGGAAGCUGGACAAGCUGAUUGGCCAGGGCGCUUCAGGUCGCGUCAGGCUCGCAACCCACUCCGUCACGGGGCAGCAGGCGGCCGUCAAGAUCAUCCCGCGGACCCUCAUCAACCAGAGCCGAAUGAGCCUCCGUGAUGCCGAUGCCAAGGCCAACAAGAUGAUUCUCGGCAUCGAGCGCGAGAUCGUCAUCAUGAAGCUCAUCGAGCAUCCCAACCUGCUCGGCCUGUGGGACGUCUACGAGACCUCCAAGGAGCUGUACCUGAUCAUGGAGUACGUCGCUGGCGGUGAGCUCUUCGACCACCUCGUUGCCCAAGGGCGGCUGCAGCCCCCGGCUGCUAGGAGCUAUUUCCGCCAGAUCAUCUUCGGUAUGGACUAUUGCCACCGCUUCAACAUCUGCCACCGUGACCUCAAGCCCGAGAAUCUCCUGCUCGAUGCGUCGAAGCUCACCGUCAAGGUGGCCGACUUUGGCAUGGCGGCACUCCAGCCCAGCGAAAAGAUGCUCGAGACCAGCUGCGGCAGCCCGCACUACGCCAGCCCCGAGAUUGUCAGCGGCAAGAGGUACAAGGGCUCCGCCAGCGACAUCUGGAGCUGCGGUAUCAUCCUCUUUGCGCUCCUCUGCGGCAGGCUGCCGUUCGACGACCCCAACAUCCAACAGCUGCUCGCCAAGGUGCGCGCAGGCAAGUUCGUGAUGCCCGCCUGGCUCGAGCCCGAGUCCAAGGACCUGAUCUGGCGGAUGCUCGAGAUCGACCCCGAGAAGCGCAUCACGAUGGCCGAGAUCAUGCGCCACCCUUGGUUCACCAACCACGGCACCGAGUCGGACCGCAACCCCGUGACGACGUCGUUCGAGAGCUUCGAGAACGAGACGGUCCAGCUCGAGGACAUCGACAUGGACAUCCUCGGCAACCUCAAGACACUCUGGUCCGAGCUCAGCGAGGAGGACAUCGUCCGCCAGCUCCUCUCUCCGGGUCCCAACUGGCAAAAGACGUUCUACACGCUCCUCGUCGCCCACCGCGAGAACCACUCGGCCGACGACGACGAGGACUUCGACGAUGACCUUGGCCAUCAGCAGCAACAGUCCGGCCCGUCGACUGCUCUCCUCACUGCUUCCAAUGCCCGCAACCAACCCCGGGAGAAGGCACGUCCGCGGCGCUCCCUGGACGCUUCUGGCAGCGGAUCCACGCCGGCCUCGCCGCGUCUGCCUGAACAGGAGGUCCGCAGCACGUCGCCAAGAAAGGCUGCCCCAGCGUCGCCCACCCCGCCGACCGCCCCGCGAAGCCGGCCAGGGUCGUCGAUGGGCCACCGCCCCUCGACCGUCGAAGGCACCUCCGCAAAGCCAAGAGCUGCGGCUGCCGCCAACGUCUCUACCACGCCCAGACCCUUGCCCUCUCCGAACAAGGUGGACGCCGAGCGCUCCUUCCCCCCGGUCAAGCUGCAGCCCGCACCUGCGACUGCCAUCGUGGCGCCAACCACGCCCAAAAAGGGCAGCGACUCGCCUCGCACGACUCUACAGCGGCGCGCCACGUCGCCGCGUCAGGAGGCGCGCAGCAGCAGCGGGACUCGUGGCACCGAGAUCGAGAGGGGCGAUCAGACAACACCCGUCAGGCCGAAGAUGGCAAGGUCAUCAGCAUCCGAGGCGACGCCUCGCCCCGGCCCCCGAGCCUCGUCACGGCCAGUCUCGCCGUCCAAGCCGGGACCGUCUCACUCGUCGCGACCGACCAGCGUCUACCCCGCGCCGCCGGCAGUCCCCUCUAUCCAGGUGCCUCAGGUCGGCGAUGCGACCAUGCAGCGCUUCUUCCAAGAGAUUGCCGACGAGCUCGCCUCGAUCCGGGCGACGGGAGACAAGCCGGACGCACUGCAAUCCAAGAUCAGCAAGCUGCAGGAGACGGUCAACAACACCGCCCGAAGCGCACCCUCGGCGCCGGACAGCGUUGCCAGCCCGGCGAUGACCAACAACUCCGACCUGACCCAAUUCGAGGACGCCGAGGACGACGUCAGCGAAGGCGAGAGCCUGCGGUCGAUGCCCGACACACCCUACACGCCCAACACGCCGUUGACGCCGCUGAGCCCGCAGCUGAAGACGAUCCCGCUCGUCGCGCCAGACAGGUCAGCAUCUGCCGCCCGCCCGCCCGCCGCCGCCCCUCUGGAGAUGGGCGGCACGACGAGGUCCAUUCGCAGCACGCGUCAGGCGCCGAGUGUCGCCUCGGGGUCGACCUCGCGCCCUGCCAGCAUCUUUAGCACGGGCAGCAGCGGUGCUGGUUCGAUGCUGAGCCGAAAGCGGAGUCUGCUGAGCCGCAACAAGGACAAGUCGGAAGACCACGUCCAGCUCGACGGUCGCAACUCGAUCGCUUACGAGCAGACGCAGGCCGGUGUCGUACCCUCAACUGCGCCUGGCAGCGCGACGGCAACGCCGCAGCUCCUGGAUCACGACGGCUUCGUGGUGCCGCAACCCAAGGCACCCACGCGGCUGCAGCAGCGCAAGAAUCCUGGCCUCGGUCUCGACAUUGGCUCGUCCAACGCCUACGUGUCGAGUGCGCCCAGCCCGAACCCGUCGACGGCACCGUCUACGCCAGCCACGCCGUCAAUGACGCCAAAGAACAGCUGGUUUGCCGGUCUGUUCAACUGGAAGCCCGCCACCCAUACGCUCAUGUCGACGGAAAACUUCAGCGAGACGCUCGUCGAGACCAGCCGGCUGCUGCAAAGCUACGGCGUCCGCGUGGUCCUCGAGGACUCGGAGCAUCACGGCACGCUCAAGUGCACCGUCAACGAGUACCGGGAGUUCAACGGCGUCACGACGUCGGCCAAGCCGGUGCGCUUCCGGGUCGAGUUCACCAUCCUCCCGGUCGGCUCGGCUGCCAACUCGCCGCACCUUGGACUCGGGCUCGCUCUGCCCAGUCCGGCGUUGGGCUCAAGCCGCAACGGGCACCCAUCGCCCGCCCUGAGCAACUACUCGCGCCACAGUGCGGCGAGCGGCGGCAGCAGCGGCGGCGGCGGUCCAGUCAGCUCGUACGACUACGCCACCACGCAGCAGCACCACCGCGCCACCUACGGCUUCGCCACCAGCGUCACCCUGAUCCAGGAGAAGGGGGCGUUGAGCACGUUCCGCCUGAUCCACGGCCGAUUGAGGCGGGAGUGGACGCUUGACCAGACGCCAGCCAUGUCGGCCAUCGUCUGA